UACAUUUUAGACUUUUUAAGGGAUGGUGUUUUAAUAUGUGAAAACGAUAUAAAUGUACUUACAAAAAUAUUAAUUGAAGCAAUUUAUUUCAAGUUAUUUAAUUUAGUAAAGAUUAUAAAGAAAAAGAUUUGUGUAUUAUAUUCUAACAUAGAUAAUAAUAUAAGCAAAAAAAUUUUUAAAGGUAUUUUUAAUACUAUUGAAAAAAAAAAGAAAAAAAAAGGUUAUAUGGAAGAAGCAUGUAAAUUAAGAAAAUUAUCGGAGAGCAUUUAUGAGUUUAAUGAAAUGAAAUGCUUUAAUGUAAAAAGGAGGAAAAAAUCUUCUAUAAAUAUUUCUGAUAAUAUGAUUAAAAUAGAUAAUACUUUAAAAAAAGAAAAGAAAAAAGAAAAAAGAAAAAAAAAAAAAAAAAAACCUUAUACUGAUGAAGAAGAAUAUAAUGAGGACAAAAUAGAUGAUGCAAAAUAUAAGAAGGAUUUAAUGGAUGAUAGCAAAUGUAAGGAUAAUAUAAUGGAUGAUAGCAAAUAUAAUGAUAGAUUAAUAGAUGAUGAAAAAUAUAAAGAGAAAGAUGAGUACAACAAAGAAGGAGAACAUAAAAAUAAUCAAAAUAAUAUGAAUAAAGAAAUUCCUGAUUAUAUUAAUAGUGGUCCUGUGAAUAUAUCAGAACGUAAGAAUUGUAUAGAAAGUUAUAAUAAUAUGUGUGUUUCAGAUGAUACACAAUAUAUAAACGUAGAUAAUAUGUAUAAAGAAAGAAAUAAUAGAAAUAUAACAUAUGGAGAACCUAAUAAAAUAAUAAAUAAUGAUAAUAUAUAUAUAUCCAAUAGAAAUAAUACCAUUGAUUAUAAUAUAACCAAUAGUUUUAUAAAUAACAAGGAACAAAUUAAUGAUAAUAAAAUAUGUACUCCUUCAAAGAAUAUGAUGAUAAAUAAAAAGAAGGACAACUUUUUGCCCUUUCCAAAUGUGAAAUUAAAAAAUGUGGACAAUAAGUAUGUUUCCUUUUCUGAAAGGAAUAAUAUAUUUUUUUACAACAACAGUGAGAAUCUAUCUUGUAAUAAGCAGGAUAUAUUGCAUGAGAAUUUUUCGAGAACACCAAAUAAAUGUAACAUUAUGAAUUAUCAGAACUAUGGAAACUAUACUAGAGAGGCGAAUUAUAAUAAUAAUAAUAAUAAUAAUAAUAAUAAUAAUACAACCAAUUCAUCAAAUGAUAUACUAGUAUAUUCCGAAAUAGAUGACGUAGAAGAAACAUCACCUUUUCCAAUAGUUUCCAAUGUCAAUUUAGGAGAACAAAUAUUUAGUACAACUGUAGAUUUUUAG